GAAUAUAUCAGCACGUGAAUCCGCAAUAAUUUCUCAUGCAACUGUGGGUCCUUUGGCCAGCCCUUCCUCUUUUGUUCUCAUCCAAGAUUCUCUCUCUCUCUCUCUCUCUCUCUGUGUGUUUUGUUGCGUCUCUUCCUCAUCGUUUUUUCUUGUUUAUCUACUGCUUGUUCUUUGGCUCUUGGAUAACCCGUUAGUUUUCUCUUUCUUUGUUCAUAAACAAUGGCGAAACAAAUGGGAGUUUUGCCAUUGAUGUUUUCCCUCGCCUUUAUGCUGCCGGGUGUUGCUGCUCAUGCACUUAACUUGUUGGAAGAGAAGAAGCUGCUCAACCUGCAAAAUGUUGAGUGGAACCCGCAGAGAAAUGCUCUUAAUUGUCUCUCUCACAACUCAAGGAUGAAAAAAGGUGCUACUAUACUAGAGAUGAUGAACCGUGAUUACUGCUAUGGAAAGAUGGUAGACUCGAAUAAAAAGCUACAGAAGGACCUAAAGCUGGACGAGCUCCAGGUCCAAUCACUUCAAUCUCAUAUCAGAAAGGCGGUUUCUGGCAAUAUAGAAGAUGAUUCGAAUACUCAAAUUCCAUUAACUUCUGGUAUAAAGCUACAAACUCUAAACUACAUUGUGACAAUGGAGUUAGGAGGUCGAAAUAUGACGGUGAUUGUCGAUACAGGGAGUGACUUGACUUGGAUUCAAUGUCGUCCCUGCAGAUCAUGUUACAAUCAAAAAGAACCUCUCUAUAACCCUUCCACGUCCUCUUCAUACCAAAUGGUUCUAUGCAAUUCAUCAACCUGCCAAUCCCUCCUGUUUGCUACCGGGUAUUCAGGAGCGUGUAGUAGUGACCCGACAAUGGCCUGUAACUAUGUUGUCAGUUAUGGUGAUGGAUCCUACACUCAAGGUGAAUUAGGACAGGAACGACUUCGUCUGGGUGGUAUUCCAGUAGAGCAUUUUGUAUUCGGCUGUGGCCGGAACAAUAAAGGUCUGUUUGGUGGAGUUUCAGGCCUCAUGGGUCUUGGAAGGAGUUCUAUCUCUCUGGUUUCUCAGUCUUCUUCAGUUUUUGGGGGAGUUUUCUCUUACUGUUUACCUUCAACACAGAAUGGGGCUUCAGGUUCACUAGUUUUGGGAGAAAAUUUUUCGGUCUACAAGAAUUUAACUCCAAUUUAUUACACUAGGAUGAUUCCUAAUCCACAGCUCUCCAACUUCUAUUUCCUCAAUCUCACUGGUAUCAGUGUUGGUGGGAUAAAUUUACGAGCUCCAAGUUUAGGAAAAGGAAGGAUUCUGAUUGAUUCUGGAACAGUUAUUACCAGACUGAUUCCAUCAAUCUAUAAAGCACUGAAGGCAGAGUUUCUGAAGCAGUUUUCUGGCUUUCCCUCAGCUCCGGGAUUUUCGAUUCUAGAUACUUGCUUUAACCUCAGUGCAUAUCAGGAAGUGAAUAUUCCGACGAUAAGAAUGUACUUCGAGGGAGCAGCUGAACUGGAUGUGGAUGUGACAGGAAUAUUUUACUUCGUAAAGAUUGAUGCAUCCCAAGUCUGUUUGGCUCUGGCCAGUCUCUCAUAUGAAGAUGAGAUCGGCAUAAUUGCUAACUAUCAGCAGAAGAACCAAAGGAUCAUAUAUGACACCAAGCAGUCUAAGUUGGGAAUUGCAAGCGAAGCUUGCAGUUUCCCCUAAAUAAAGCUAAAUAGUUGAAAGUAGGGUGGUUGUGAAUAUACUCCUCCAACCAAAAGCCGAGAUAUCUCUUGGCUUAAAAUUGUUUCAGCAGGAGUCUUUCAAUUGACAUAAUCUAUAUAAUGUCUAAUAUAUUAACUUAUUUUAGCAAAAAAAUGUCUAAUAUAUUAUCCAUUUUGCGAAGCUAA